AUGGAGGAAGAUUCUCAACUGUUUCAAAUAUCAGCAGCACCUGAUGUGGCAGAUGUUGGAGUACCUAUUUAUAAUGUUGAUCUAGUAUAUGAUAUAAACUCCAAUCCAGAUGACGAAGAAAAACCAAAGCGUGCUAAAAGUUCAAAAAAUUGUUGUUGGAAUUGUGGAGGUGAUGGCCACAGUAUUAGAGACUGUAAACUUCCUCAUGAUGGUAGAAGAAUAAGCCAGAACAAGGCAAAGUUUGCCACACGCUUUGAAUUUAAGAGAUACCAUGUAGAUAAUAAAAAAAAGGUUUUUCCUAAUCUCGCCCCUGGAGUAAUAAGCGACAAAUUACGAGAAGCUUUGGGAAUCAAUAAAGAUCAACUCCCACCAUAUAUUUACAGAAUGAGAUCUCUUGGUUAUCCUCCUGGCUGGCUUUUAAAUGCAAAAACAGACUAUUCCGGGAUAGAGAUGUUCGAUUCUGAAGGAAAUAGGAUACCAAAUGCAGAUGAAGAAGAAGGUGAAAUUGGCUUCCCUGCUGAACGUAUUUCAUAUGAUGAAUCUAAAAUAAUUACUUAUCCAGGUUUCAAUACGUGGCCUGAGCCUGGUUGUAAAGAUGAAACAAUGAAAUAUAGUGCUCCUGAAAUGAGCAUAUAUCAAAGUAAGGAAGAAUUCAUUAAAAGUUUAAAGAACCUGACCUCAUCUGUUUCUUACAAUACGGGAAUGAUGUGGAAGGAUAAAGUUGCAAAAAUGAGGGAUGAAACUGAUAUGGAAAUAGAAGAAACUGAUGAUAUCAAUCUCCUGCCUGACGAUAAGAAGUGUACUUUUAUCCCUCCAUUGCCAGAUGACUGUCCACCUCCUCCUCCACCACCUGCAGAUGGUGAUAUUGAUACUUUGGCUGAGAAGUGUGAAAUUGAUAAGGUUGAGAGUUCGAUGAGCGAUGAAAAAUCUUCCGGUAAUGAUGACUCUCUCAGUACUCUCAACACAUCAAUGGACACCCCUGGAAGUACCCACGGAAAGAUAAAAUCAAUUGACUAUGGAACUCCAGUUCUGAAAAUUCAUUCACCUUACAGUAAAUUGCCUCCACCUGAAGCAUUUAAAAAAGAUAUUAGCGAUGUUAUUAAUUUUGAAAAUCUGCCAGAUAGUACCGGAGCCUAUGAAAAAUUAAAAGAUGUUUUAAAAUCUGCUAGAACAAAAAUGUCUUUAAUAAAGGAAAAUAAAAUGAAUAACUCUAUUUAA